UGUAGAUGUAGAUAGAAAGUGGAACCGUAGUUGGUAGUUGCAUGCACUUAAACUAUAGGUGAAGGUCGGUAUGACGACAAGUUGCGUCUUUGCCGUAUUGCAUUUGUAGGCUGCCGUAUUGCAUUGAAUUGGUCAGUCACGUGAUUUAGAUGGACCUCCAGAUUACCAGAACAUAGACCAAGUUGCAUUGUCAGUGUUGGGAUUAUUAGGGGGCUACUCCAACUCACCAGCAUGGACCCCCGUGCCCAGGAUGCGAUGCGAUGUGACAUGUGUGAAACAGCCUUGGCGCAGAUGCACUGUGACACCUGCUUUGUCAACCUGUGUAAGGCCUGUGUGGGGGAACACAUGUUUGAUGAAUCCAUAGAUCACAAAAUCGUCAAGUUUAAGUCUAGGAAAACUACUCCUAUCUAUCCUUUUUGUUUACAUCACUCUAAAGAACGAUGCGAGAUGUAUUGUAAACACUGCGACACACCAAUUUGCACCGCGUGCAUAACGUCUGACAAACAUCGCAGUCACAAGAUCAAUCAAGCUCUCCAAAUGUGUGAUAUUAUUAAACAGGAUAUUCGGAAGGAUAUUGAUGUUUUGAGAGUAAAACUCACCCCAGUAGUACAAAAGCUGAUAUAUGAUUUAGAAAUGAAAAUUAAUGAGGUUGAAGAAAAGUGCGAAGAAGCUAGCAAGUUGAUUAGCAAACAAAGCGACGAUUGGCAUAAAGAGAUAGACAAAAUUGUCGACCAACUCAAAACUGAGCUUGAGAAAACAAAAGAUGAAGGAGUGAACCUGCUGAAACUUCAAAAGUCAGAGAUAGAGCAGACAUUUUCAAAAAUAAAUGCUGCCAUACAAUCCAAAGAAGAAAUGCUAGAAUCAAAUGAUGUUGGGCUAGCGAUUAACUUCAAAAGUCAAUAUGCGAAAUUCUGUAAACUUCCUAUUCCUGUCGAUGUCCCGAUACCUUCAUUUACGCCUACAGAAAUCAACUCACAGAGUCUGUUUGAGCAGUUUGGUGUUUUGUCAAUGGGAUCAUUAGACUGCAGCAUUUCUUCUACUGACAUGUCAAGUGGACCUGAUCAAUUGCUGCGAAAUGAAGCCGAAGAAAUCGCAUGUCUUUGCACUGGGUUCACCUUUCUUUACGGCAUUGCAUGUCAAAGUAACGAUCAGGCCUGGGUAAGAGGUGGUUAUGCAGACAAAGAAAUGAACUUUUUAAAACUUUAUGAUAUCGAUGAAAGCAGAGAAAUCAAAUCUUUUAGCCUUGAUACUGUGCCUUCGAGUUCAAUUGAUGUUGCAUUGACAAAGCGUGGACAUUUGAUAUACAGCUGUUCGUUUACAAAAACUGUUAACAUCUUUAGAGGCGAUAAAUUAGAAACCUUGAUCAAACUAGAGAAGUGGUCGCCACGCGGCAUUUGCGUAUCCUCUUCCGGAGACAUGCUUGUCACAAUGACACAAAGGAAUAAAUCGAAAAUGGUCCGUUAUUUUGGUACCAUCGAGAAACAGACCAUUCAGUUUGAUGACAGACGGAAGCCAAUUGAAGAUACCGAUAGUUUUCAUUUGUAUAUUACAGAAAACAAGAACAACGAUAUCUGUGUCGCUGGAAAGGUUAUGGUAAUGUCAUUCAACAAAACUGGGACAUUACAAUUUCGCUACACUGGUCCUAAAAAUCCCACAAAAUGGAACCAAGCUUUCUGUCCAAAAGGAAUAGCCACUGAUAGAUAUUGCCACAUCCUAAUCGCUGAUACCGAUAACAAAUGUGUUCACAUCAUCGACAAGGAUGGGGAAUUUCUGCAGUACAUUGACUGCGGAAUGAGAAAACCUUGGGGAUUGUGUACCGACUCCAGCGGCUUCCUUCUUGUUGCAGACAGCAAGAAGAAAAGUGGAGAAAUUGUCAAAUUCAAAUACCUAGCGGACGUAAAGGCCUUAACCUUUUAAAAACUGUUAAUUUACAGUCCUUUCGUUUGAAAUGCCAAGAUGGAUGAAUGUAAAUAAAAGGGAAUUUUAACUUUUACGUUGACCUCUUAUGUAGCAAUAUACCUUCAUCACCUGCAUAUGGUGUUUUUGUCUCUCAGUUAAUUCGACACACAGGGGCAUGUUCUUCGUAUGAACAGUUUCUAAGACGAGGCAAGCUACUGACAAACAAGUUGAUAAAACAGGACUAUCAACAGUCCCGUUUGAAGUCAUCUUUUCGUAAGUCCUAUGGUUGAUUCUAUAACGACCUUGUCAGCAAAUACAAUCUUCCACUGGGUCGCAUGCUGACUGACGUAUUUCAUACUAAUUGUUAGACCAUAAUGAAUCACCUAAUUGUCUACGGACUUUUCCGUUUUCCCCCGAUUACGACAAAGGGCACACGGCGGGUGUGACCGGUCAGCAGAGCAGAGGAUGCUCACUCCUCCAUGGCACCUGAUCCUACCUCUAUCUUUUUAGAGGUCCGUGUUGCUUUGCUUUGAAUUUGUUUUUCGUUUUAUGGAUUUUUGAGAUGGUUGACAGUUUGUUAUUGUCAUUUUUUCGUGCAUCUCUAAAGACUUGAAAUUUAAAAAAAAAAAACUUCGGUUCUUGUUGAUGUGAUGAUAUCCCAUAGAUUAUAUAUACUUUAAAUUAAUGGCAUGAAGUUUAAAUGCAUGUUUACAUUAAAAGAAAAACCAAGCCUAAUGCUCAAAUGUAGGGACAUUGUUAAACAGAUGUUUGUGGGUUUUUUAAAACAAAAAAUACACAAUGAUGAUGAAAAUGAAUUACAACCGGUAUUAUUUUCACGGUGUCUUUUUCCUUCUCCAUGUAGACACAAUAAAAUGGUUCAAAAUU